AGCGUGCAAGCAUUCGAAUUUUUUUUCCAUUUUUUUAUUUAUUUAAAACUAUAGAAUAGAACUUUGUAUAAAACGCCGAGUCUGGACUUGCUAAACAUCAGUUGAAAUUUGUCAUUUCUGAGCCAAAUUUCAAAUAUGAAGGCAAACUUUGGAUUUUUUGUAGUGAUUUUUGUAUUUGUGUGCCACGCUAGCGCAGAUGAUGAAACUGUGGAUUGCACUAAGCCGCCACGUCAUGUUCCGCCACAAAUGUGCUGCCCAGUGCCAGAUAUCAGUACUGAUGAACUGAAGGAGCAAUGUGCUGAAUAUAACAAACCGCCACCACCACCGCCGAUGGGACGUGGCGGUCCACCAAAGUUUAAUCAUCAUCAUCAUCCACCACCUUGCCUGAUCGAGUGCAUUUUCAACAACACCGGAGUGAUGGGCGAAAACGGCGAACCCGAUAUUGACAAAUUUAGCGCCUUACUCGACACAGUCGUAAUGGAUAAUGAAGAAAUAGCUGCCGUUAUGGAAGAAUCAUUCGAGACUUGCGUAGAGAUGCUUAGCGAUUUGAAGGAUAAAAUAGCUGAGAAGGCCAGCAAACACCCUGAAUUUGAGGAUAGAAUGGGUAAAUGUUCGCCAUUAAGCGCCGUGCUGAUGACUUGCGUCAAUGUGGAGACCUACAAAAAUUGUCCCACCUCUAUUUGGAAUGAUAAUGCAGAGUGCAACGCGUCUCGUAACUUCUUUACGCAGUGUAUGUUUCCUAAAGACGGCAAUUAAAUGAAGGAAGUUAUUUUCCUAUAAUUAAAAUACA